AUGGGGCGGAUCCGCUGGAAACGUGCCGGAGAGCAGAACCGAGAGCCCGCUCUCAGGAAGCGAGGAAGACCUGACAAGAAGAACAACCCACAGCUCAUAGAGAUGGUGGAGCAAGCUUUGUCAGCAGCCUCACAGCCUAGCAGCCGUUUGUCGUGGGACCCGCAGGACCAGGAGUGGAAGAUCGUGAGCACUUUGAUGCAGGACAAGAAAAGCAUCUGGCAGCAAGGUUCCGAGAUACGAGCAUCCUUGGGUUUGUCCACGUUCUGGCGUCUAGCAAAGAAGCAUUUGAGACAUUUCAAAGAAGCGGAUAGCAUCAAUGACUAUUGCAUCUAUUGCUACGAUCUCAAGAAGAAAGUACUUCCCCAGGUGAAAGAUUUGCUUGCCACUGUGCAUUCCGAACUCACGGCCAUCAUGCCGAACUAUUUUGCCAAAUGGGAUGCGUUUGAGGGCCAUGACUCUUUGCUUGAGAAGCCAGGCCUGCAUUUGCGGCAGCUGCGGCAUUUUGUGGAGCAUCAUUCUGCUCAGGAGGCAUGUCGGCGACACAGGCACACCUCCUGGCCAUGUGGCUUGGGCUGCUUGCGGAACAGGCGCAGCGGCUUCCCGCAGCGCAAUCGUGUAACCCUUUUCGCAAAGGAGGCGGACAUGUGUGUGCAACUGGAAGCAAUGUCAAAACUCUUGGACAGCUACCUCUUCCAUCGUUCUGCCAAUGAGUUUCAAAAGCCAGUGCUGACAAACCUGUUGGUGGAGCCUCCUGCAGGUACCGUGGUUGUCCUGUCAGACUUCAAAGAACUCUUCACAUUGCCAGUCCGCAGCACACAGACUGGAGAAGAGUUCUUCGCAAACGCGCGGAUGGAAAUCUCAAUUUUUGGAUCUGUCGUAAGUGAAAGAAGAAGAGAUGGCACUGUGGAGUGGACCCGGGUUCUGAUCCUAUCAGACAUUUUGGAUCACACCUCUUGUCGGGCAUCUCAGUGCAUCGACCAGGCACUGAGACAACGCAGGGGAACAAACCCGGUGGACACCAUUCAUCUUCUUUCGGAUGCCGGGCCGCACUUUAGAUCCUACGAAGCACUGCACCACUAUUGCUGCGUCCUGCCAGUGCAGCACCAAGCUCGAGUAUGUGUCCACUACGGUGUGGAAAAACAUUUCAAGAGCGAGGCAGACAGAUUAUUUGCCAUCUUUGAGCGCAAUGUGAAAGAUGCCCGCAAGCAAGGCACUGACCUGGUUGAGAUUGCCGACUUGUGCAAGUUUCUUGCAGACAAAAACCAGGCGGCACGCAGCGCAGACGCUACUGCCCCGUUGUUGGUGAUCAUCAAUGAUGUCGGUUCCCAGAAAAAGCCGGCGAACGAAAGAUAUCGCCUGCAGGCGAACAAAUUUCACAUUACUCGAACAUAUUGUCUUUCCAGUGCUCCAGUGGCUCAAGGUCCCAGCAGGCUGGGCGUCAAGGUGUUCAACCAUGUCUUCUCCAACAUGGUUGCAGCCACCAAUCUCACCAGUGAUUUGGAACUCCUGCCCAGCAAGGAUUCUGCCCCUGCAUACCGCCGAGGCUUUUGGUCUGAAACUGGGCGAGAGCGGUGGGACCAUGAUGUUAGGCCCCUGGGUCUUCACGAGGAGACUACCUUGACCAGGAGGCAGAGCGACCAGAGCCACCUACUUCCAGAUGGGGCAAACUUGCGCUUCACAGGGGUGCCAGAUGCCCAUUGCUUGAUUGAGAAAAGAAAGCAACGGGCAGAGAAGCAAACGCAAAGGGCUGUAGCGCAAAAAAAGGCUGCAAUGAACCCUGGCUCAGAAAGUUCGGACUCGUCAUCUGGCAGCGACAGCUCCAGUUCUAGCACUUCAUCUUCUCAGAACUGA